ACGAGUUGAUAUUUGGUCGAAUUGGUUCACAACAAAAUUAACGGAACAAUCGAGAACAACUGGCGUGAAAAAUUUUAAUAGAGGCGUUUCGGCCACGGAAAAGUCUUAAAUAAUAUAAAUAAAGUCGCUGGGAGUUUUUGCAUAACAUCUCGAAAAUGACACGUGGAAAUCAAAGAGAUCUCGCCCGCCAAAAAAACCAGAAGAAGCUGCAAGAAUUGGGCAGGGGCAAGCGUAAUGACAAUUUAACAGUUGAGCAACGGAAAGCAAGAGAUGCCGAAGUUAUGCGUGAAAAGCAGAAAAAGAAAGAGGAGGCGGCAGCCGCUUCAGCAGGGGGAAACGCGAAAUAAAAUACAAUAAGAGCAGCUCGCCGAAUUAUAGCAGGCAUUUAAACCAUUACAACAAACAGCUACCAAUAUAAAAUGCAUCAACAACAAAUUCGCAUAUACGUGUGUUCGGUCACCGAAAUGGGCAAACAAUUUUCUUUACUACUCUCACAAGUAUUUGAAACUGAACGAAAUUUUAAACAGUGAAAUACAGAAAUAUGCUCUUGGGGUAGACAAAUAAAGGAAACGAAGAAAAAUUUACGCAAUUGCGUAUAAGCACUGAAACUAACUAACAACAGUAUGAACGAAAAUCAUUUAGCUAAUUAUACGCCACAACUCCUGUGGAAGAAUGCCAAACAUUGAUAUAUAUAGACGCUGAAGCUGCUAAAACCAAUUCUCACAUACCUACCAUUCAUUACUUGCACACCAUAUAUCGCGUUAUCAUUCUUUUUUAGCAAUCUAGAUGUCGUUUUCUCUGCUAUAUUAUAUAUUUGUUUUUUUCCAAAUGAUGAUUGAUGUUGAUGAUUUUUACCUGACUAAAUUUUAAAGCUUAAGAUGGAAUAAAUAUUAAAAAUUAAAAUUUUACACAAUUACCGCAAAAAGAUGAAAAUUCAAAUAUACUUUAAGUUAGUAGAAGAAACCAGCAUCCAAAAAUAACAAAAAAGAAACAAAACGAAGAGGCAAAAUUUUCAAUAUGUAGUGCAGAUCAAUUGAAGUAAAUGAGAGAGAAAAUAAAGAAUUCAAUUAGUAAUUAGUUACUUAGUAUUUUAAGACGAUAUUAUGCUACACAACAAAUUAUAUACAAAUAAAUAUGCGAAAUCUAAGCAAAACACUAAAA